AUGCAACUCAUCAAGAUCUCUCUUCUUGCUCUUCUUUCCGGUUACGCCGCAGCUCAGGAUAUCGACGAUAAUGAUGUCCCUACCGAAUGCCGAGCCGUUUGCCAAGUAGUAACCCAGCUCACCCAACAAUGUGACACUCAAAAUAACGACAUCGACUCGGGCUACAUCAACUGCGUCUGCUCAUACAACAAUGCGGCAUCUUUGAUUCCAGCAUGUGAAGCUUGUAUUGCAAAUUAUGAUACUAAUGACGGACAUGACAAUGACGUCAACGACCUCAUCCGUAGUUGCUCCUUUACAACCACCGUCUUCGUCAGUGGCGCCGGAACUUCAGCGCGUACAACCGCUUCGACCUCUGCAGCAGGUUCAGCGUCUGUCACCACGACAUCCGUAUCAACUGGUAGAACAACUCUCGCAGGUGGAAGUGUCCAAUCCACAACCGCUACUUCGACUGGCGUUGUAGCUGCAAACACUAAUUCAGUCGGCACGACUGCGUCGACUGCAGCCGGAAACGCUGCUCCGACUACUAGUGGUAAUGCUGCUGCUGGGAGGACGGUCGAGAUGGGUGUUGCUGGCUCAGUGUUCCUUGGUGUGGUCGGAUUUUUGGGGUUGAUUUAA